AUGGAGAUCAAUGAAGAGUUGGAAUCCACCGAUGUUAUCAUCUGUGGCUGCGGGCCAACUGGGGCACUUUUGAGUGCUUACCUGGGCCAGAUGUCGAUCCCGAACAUCGUCCUCGAAAAGGAGACAGAAGUUGUGACAGAUCCACGAGGCAUAGCUCUGGAUGAAGAAGGUAUCCGACUGCUACAAGGUCUGGGGAUUUAUGACAAGGUUCACACCGAGAUUGGGGCGUCCAUUGGCUGGACUCUCUUCACAUCUGGUAAACAGGGUUUACAAACCAAACCAUUCAUGAGAAUGAAUCUCGACACGAUUGGUCCUAGUGGUCAUGUUGGAGCUAUAGCCCACAAGCAGCCAAUUUUGGAGAAGAACAUCCGUGAGGCGGCGAGUCGUUUUCCUGCCUCUGAACUACGUCUAGGAUCAACAAUCACGGCAAUUGAAGAAGAUAAAGAAGGUGUCACAGUCACAUACCAUAACUAUGACGGAAGAGAACAGCGGGUAAGGGGGAAGUUCCUCGUUGGUGCGGAUGGCAAGACCGGAUUCACGAGAAAACAAUAUCUGGAACCCAGAGGCAUAGUGCUUGAAUCACUUCCCGGCUAUGAAUACGAAGAGACCUGGGUUGCUGCAAAUUAUCACAUGGACUUACCAACCACCGAGAGCCAUCCAGAUUUCCCCCUAUGGAAAUGUGGGUUUACACCACAGCAAGUGUAUGACACGUUCUUUCCCUCAAAUUUCCGCUUCAUCGGUGACCCUGAUCGACCGUCAGUUUGUGGAACUUUUGGCCUGCGCGAGGAACGUUUGUGGAGGUUUGAGUUUGUUGUUGAAAAGCACGAAGAUCCUCAGGAAAUGGCGGCUUAUAAAGGUGCUACUUCAAUAAUAUUCCCCUACUUGACUCACCCAGGCCAUAUCUACGGGUUGACCAAACCCGUCCAGUAUCCAGAAGACUGCAUACACGUACUGAGAUCCAGGCCAUUCACAUUCUCUGCGAGAAGCUGUAACAGCUGGUUCCUUGGAAGAGUGAUAUUGGCUGGAGAUUCAGCCCAUGUCAUGCCCCCUUUUGGUGGUCAAGGUAUUGCCUCGGGUUUCCGAGAUGCGUCCGGAAUUGCUUGGAGGCUCGCCGUUGCAUGCAAAUCAGGAAAAGCCGUUGACCACCAAAAACUCUUAAACAGCUGGUGUCUCGAAAGAAAGCAGCAUCUCAAUAGGUCGAUUGCCAUUACUGUUAGGAACGGGAGUCUCACUACCGCACGAAACAGUCUGAAGAUAUUUUGCAGAGAUUGGAUCCUCUGGAUCAUGCAACUUAUCCCUCCUCUGCGCCGUAAGCUCGAACUUGGGCCGCGAGCAGAUGGCCUGUCCCGUUAUGACUGGAGAGAUGGCAUGUCCUUUCUAAGUGAAUUCGCCGGCGGCAUCUUAUUCCCUCAGGUUUACUGCCGAUCGGUAUUGAGCAAUCCCGACAGCCAGGUGCGCUUCACCGACGACGUUAUCUUCAAAAGUCCAUACAAUUCACUCUUGCGAUUGGUUGUGUCAGUGAGCAAUAUCAUUGAGGCAGAAACAGCAUAUUCCGAGCUGAAGGGAAUGGAUCUCCACACAAUAUCACACGGGGAGCUACGACUCGAAGACGUCUGCUACAUCGUGCAUGACCCAUUACUUGAAGCCCCAGCCCUAUCAACAUCGAUGUCUCCUACACAAAUAUAUCGGGUUGCCACCAUUGAAGAGUUCAAGAAGUCGAGUCUGAACAUUAAUCGACCCGAGCCUGCAGGUUACGAUAUGUACGGCAUUCGGACGUGGCUGCAGGGACGACGGUACGUGUUAGUGAGAGCGGACAGAUAUGUUUUUGCAGAAUGUGGAUCGGGUGAAGAGCUUAAGAGGGCGUGUGGUAAGGCUUCUUCAGUCUUGUUUGCGAAACUAUAG